AUGCUCGACGCGUGCUCGUUCAACAGAUUCGACUCGAAUCGUUCCUCAGCUCGGAGGUUUUCGCGGCGAGGAAGUGACUAUUUUGGGGACAAAGGUAUUUCUAUGGAUGAGAGGAUUGUGUUGAACGUCGGAGGAGUACGUCACGAAACAUAUCAGGCCACACUGAAAAAGAUUCCCGCCACACGACUCAGCAGAUUAACUCCGUCACUUGCUAACUUCGAUCCUCUUCUCAACGAGUAUUUUUUUGACAGACAUCCGGCUGUUUUCGCAAUGAUAUUAAAUUACUAUCGUACUGGAAAAUUGCAUUAUCCAACAGAUGUAUGUGGUCCAUUGUUUGAAGAAGAGCUGCAGUAUUGGGGAUUGGACGCGUCUGAUACAGAACCAUGCUGUUGGAUGCAACUACUUCAUGCUAAAGACACACAAGAGACCCUUGCUGUUUUGGAUCGAAUGGAUGCAGAUCACGAGGACGAUCCACAACUUCGGGAGCAAGAUACAAUGAAGAAGUUUGGCUGGGAAGAAGAUUACUUUCAGGGGAAACGAACUCGUUGGAUGAAACUCAAACCUCAAAUGUGGUCAUUGUUUGAUGAACCAUAUAGUUCACAAGCUGCAAAACUUAUAGCUGGAAUAUCUGUACUUUUUAUAUUUAUCUCUAUAUUCUCAUUCUGCCUCAAAACCCACCAGAGCUUUCGACUUCCGGUUCUCAUUGGACAAAACAUUACUAUGCCAGGAGGUGUUGUCCAACCGUCAAUUGAACGUGUUUCUACAGAGCCUCUUCCAAUAUUUGGUCAAAUUGAAAUGUUAUGUAAUAUUUGGUUUACGUUAGAACUUAUUAUUCGUUUUGUUUUCUGUCCAUCAAAAAUUCGAUUUUUCAAAAGUCCACUAAAUAUGAUUGAUUUGGUGGCAACACUUUCAUUUUAUGCUGACGCAAUGAUGGUUCGAGUUGUUGAAGAUGAGCCAAAAGAUGUGGUUGAAUUUCUUUCAAUGAUUCGUAUCUUCCGGUUGUUCAAAUUAACACAACAUCACCAAGGACUGCAGAUUCUAAUUCACACUUUUCGAGCAAGUGCAAAAGAAUUAAUACUUCUCGUAUUUUUUCUCAUUCUUGGUAUCGUCAUAUUUGCUGCACUUGUGUAUUAUGCAGAAAAAAUGGAAGCCAAUCCAAACAAUCAAUUUCAAUCAAUACCGCUUGGACUAUGGUGGGCGAUAUGCACGAUGACAACCGUCGGAUAUGGAGAUAUGACUCCGCAUACGUCGUUUGGAAGAUUAGUUGGAUCACUAUGUGCAGUUAUGGGAGUACUCACAAUUGCUUUGCCAGUUCCUGUUAUCGUGUCCAAUUUCGCAAUGUUCUACUCUCACAACCAGGCACGAGAUAAACUUCCGAAACGUCGUAGAAGAGUGCUACCCGUAGAACAGAUCCGAUUACAAGCUCGACGUCAUGCGGCUGUACUGGAGCCAUCCGCUUCACAGGGAGGGUUAGGAGGAGGGCAGGCAAUUCGUCGGAGGAAUAUGCCCAUACUCAUAGAUCAGAAUUGUUGUGAUGAGGAGAAUCAUAAUCACAAGCAUAGAGAAAAGUCUGAAAAUUCAGAUGAAGGUACAAAUAGCUCUAGCACAACUGGAGUAGACACAGUCGUAAAAUUGGGUCCAAGUGAAACGGCCAUUACCACCACAAUAAUUUCCUGAAAAUUACCGUGACUGCCUUUAUAGCUGCAAUAAAAACUUAUCUGAACAAAUUGAAUCAAUCAAAAUUAUCAUAAACGCGACUUGAUGAAUCUCAUUCCCCUCAUUUUUUCAUUUCCUUCCAAUGCAUUUUUCUAUUUGUACAACCAUUUAAUAAAUUUUGCAUUUUUUU